AGUCUUCAGAGUGGGGGGUCCCCGAUCCUUCUGCCGAGUAGCGGCAGUGAUGGUCUUGUCGGAGGCCGAGAAGGCGCAGCGUGCGGCUGCGGAGAAGGCCGAGCUGGCCCAGAGGAAGGCGGACAAGGAGCGCCUCAUUGCAGAGUCGCGGGCCGACCGCGAGCACUUCAGCGCGCGCUCGAGCUCUGCUCGGGAGGGGCCUGCGGCCGUAGCCCCGAAGCUGGUGCUGCGGGUGCGCGGCCUCAACGUGCGGCGACGACUGGAGCUGACGGGAGACGCCUCGUCUGUGAGCCUCUUCCACCUCUAGCCGGCUGUGGAGGAGGCGUACAAGGUGGACCCGACAGCUCAGGUGCUGCGGCCCGCGGACGAGUCGAAGUCCCCGCCGCAGCCGCGCGAGGAGGCGCUGCCGGCCUUCCAGGCCUUCGGGUCCAUAGACGCCUUCCCGAGCCUCGAGGCGCUCGGCCUGCGCAACGGGCAGGAGUUCUUCCUGUCUCUCCGCGAUGGCGCCGGCCCCGGCCACAGCGCUCUGGUGACACCACCUCCCGCGUCUGGGCUGGCCGCGGCAGCCACGCCUGCUCCAGCCCACUCGCCGCCGCCGGCGCCCAGGGUCGGCGCCUUCUCGGCGGCCGCCUCGGCCGCGAGCGCGGCAGCUCUCAGGCCCGCGGCGCCGGCCGCGGCGCCAGCACCCACGGCGGCUCCGGCGCCCACGGCGCCCACGGCGGCGCCGGGGCUGCGCUUCAGCGACAAGGAGAAGUUGAGCUUCAACUGGCGGGCAGUCGAGCAGCAGAAGCUGAGCCUGGUCAAGGAGCAGACGGGCCGCAAGGCUGCGGAGGUGGACCGGACGCGCAGGAGCGAGGGCACGGAGAGGUUGGCGGGGUUGCUGCUGUGGGACUCGAGGGAAGUCAACUUUUACGCCGAGCUCAAGGUGGAUCUGGAUCGCACCGUGGGCCUGGAGCCCGUGAAGGAGUUCAUUGUCCAGAGGCUUCGAGAUGCAGCUGGUCGCCAUGUGCUCAAGGAGGGUAAGCAGACGCACCGCCACAUUCUUAUCAGCGGCCAGUUCGGCGUUGGCAAGCGUUACGCAGCAGACCUCAUCAGCCGCCUCAUAGUGCUGCUUAGCGGCCAGACCGCUGCGAAGGUUUGUGUGAACAGCCGCGUGAGACUGGCUGCCCAGCAAGACAAGGAGAAUCGGGGUGCGCUCUUGACCAAGAACGACGUGGGCAUUGUCACCGAGGAGCUUCCUGGCGGCAGCGCGGCGCCGUUCCGGGUGCGCGGUCCGUCAGGUCGUGAGGGUAACUACCGGGCGGACGAGCUGGUGCCCGAGCCAGAUCUCAUGAUCGUGCUCAGCAGCCUCGGAGACCUCUUAGAUCCGAAGACGGGGAAGCUUCGCUGUGCGAACCGAGCGUGCUACUAUUUGCGCUUGACGGGUGCCUUGUCGGAGGCCGACGGCACACUGCUGGAGGGCAUACUGGAGGCAGAGAGCGUCGUCAUCAUGGCCGGGUCGCCCGAGGUUGUGGAGGCUAACCUGCAGCUCUCAGCAUUUCGGCGCCGACAGCCAGACAGGCUGUCGCUGCCGACGCUAGGUCCCACGGACGUCGCGAAUCUGAUCGCCAUGGAGGUGGAGAAGCGGGGCUACGCUGGCGUCGGGGAGGGCGAUGUGGGGACGCCAGACCUAGUCACGGUGCUUGAGCACAUCAUCCGGGAGAAAUUCGAUGAGCAGCUCAUCCGCGAAAAGAACUGCCAUCUGGCCAAGGAUGUGCUCGACAUGGCGAUCACCCGCAAGAACCUCCGCACAUUCGCUGACGAGCUGCAGUCGGACGAGCGAAGGCGGCUCACCCCCAUGGAUUUCGGGCUGGACGUGCUGACGGAGGAGCAGCGGCAGCGGCGGCUCGACGAGGUCGAGCUGGACGUGGCAAAGCUGGUCGGCUGGGGACGCCCGGAGGAGCAGAACACCCCGCGCUGCUUCUUCUCCACCCUCCGGGGGCAGCUCGUCGGCAAGGCCAAGGCCGGCGCCUCGCCCUCCGUCGCCGCCAUGGACCUGCCGCGCGCCCUGUGGGUGACCGCCAACCCCGGCGCGGGGCGCGAGACGUUCGUGCGGCUGGCGGCGUGCUUCCUCCGCGCCUGCGGCACCAUCUCGCGCGAGGAGCUCGUGUGGGUGGAGGGCGCUGAGCUCGUGGGCGCCGCAAGCCCGGGCGAGCUCUUGGAGGCGCGCCUGGCAUCCGCGGCGAGGGGCUGCAUCGCCGUGCGCGACGUCGACCUGCUGGUCGACGCCCGAGAGCCGCUACGGGCGCUGGCUGCCGCCCUGGGAGGCGUGGAGAGCGCUGGCUCCACGCUGGCCAUCCUGGUGGGUACCCCGUCGGGCAUGGCGCGCGUCGGCCGCAUCGAGCCUGGCCUGGAGAACGGCUUCCCCACCCACGUCGCCAUCCCAGACCACACUGCGCCGGAGCUCGUGGAGUUCAUCGAGCGGUGUGCCUCGGUGCAUCCCAGCGGGGCGCUCGCGCUCGAGGAGGGGCUGGGGCCGCUGCUCGCGGAGCACAUCAACGAGACGUACGGCGGCGGCGCGAACGGCAAGGAGCUCGGCGAGCGUGGCAACCUGGAUCUCGCGCGCCGCCUGCUGCAGCGCGCGAUAAAGAAUCGCGGGACGCGCAUCUUCAACCGCAUCCAGGAGGGCGACGACUGCGGCGGCGCGGCCAGCAGCGAGAGGCUCACCUCGGCAGACUUCGAGGUCGGGGCGCCGCUGGGCGAGGGCGCGGAGCAGAAGAACGCCAUAGACGAGGAGGUCCGGAACCUCGUCGGGAUGAGCGAGGCAAAGAGGUGGUUCGAGGAGGUUCGCACGAAGGUGGCCUUCGUGGAGCAGACUGGCACGAAAAGCGACUUGCGGGUCUGCCUCAACAUCAUCAUCACGGGCAACCCUGGCACUGGCAAGACCAGCUUCGCCAGGCUGCUGGCGAGGUUCUUCUUCACCUACGGCGUGCUCCCGAAGGACAGCUUCGUGGAGAAGAACGGCCUGGAGCUGAAGGCCGAGUUCUUGGGCGGCACUGCGCCGCGCGUGAAGGCGGCCAUCCAGGAGGCCAUGGGCGGGUGCCUCUUCCUGGACGAGGCCUACUCCCUCAUGGACUCGGCCCAGGGCGUGGGGGGCAGCGGGGACAGCUUCUCCCAGGAGGCGCUGCGCACGAUGCUCACGGAGGUCGAGAACAACCGCACCAGCCUCAUGGUGGUGCUCGCGGGGUACAAAGACAAGAUGCAGCGGCUCAUGCGAGCGGAGGAGGGCCUCUCCCGCCGCUUCCCGGCCCGGCUCCACCUGGACGACUACACCCCGCGGGAGCUGGCGGAGAUCUGCAAGAUGAUGGCGGCGACCCGGCAUCAGCGGGACUUCGAGGACGGCCUCGUCGAGAAGCUGGAGGCACACAUCGAGAACUUCUACUGGCGAGACAUAGCGAUCCAGAACGCUGGCCUGUCGGUAAACCUGACCGAGCGCGCGCUCGAGCGGCAGAUCAUCCGCAUCGUGCGGCAGCACCCGCAGGCCUUCAGCACCCUGUCGGGCGGGGCGGCGCCGCGCAGGGGGCAGCAGGUGCAGCGCCAGCGCAGCGCCGUCCAGUCCGGUGUUCAGGAGCAGGUGAAACACGCCGUGACCUUCUUCACCGCGGCCGACUUCGGCAUCGAGGAGAGGCCCACGCUGGGCGACCCAGAGCUCCGGAGGGCGGUGCGGCUGCAGGUCGAGAAGCUCACCGGCAUGGAUAACGUCAAGGCCUUCUUCCAGGAGAUGUCCCGCACGGUCUCGUUCGUGGAGCGAGGCGGGGACCCGAGGGUGCUGCAGACCAGCCUCAACCUGCGUCUGACGGGGAAUCCAGGCACGGGGAAGACCACCGUGGCCCGCCUCAUCGGCAGAUUCCUCUACGCCCAUGGCGUGCUGCCCCGCGACACCUUCGUGGAGCGCAAUGCGCUUGCGCUGAAAGGGCAGUUCGUGGGCCAGACGGCGCCAACAGUAGUCGAGGCUGUGCGCGACGCCAUGGGCGGGUGCCUCUUCAUUGACGAGGCCUAUGCCCUCAUGGACCGGGGCGGCGACAAGUUCAGCGGCGAGGUGGUCCGAACCCUCCUGACGGAGGUGGAGAACCAUCGCACAGGACUGCUGGUGGUGUUGGCGGGCUACGCUGACAAGAUGGACGUGCUGAUGGACUCGGACCCAGGGCUGAGGCGGCGCUUCGCCAUGCACCUGCAGCUCCAGGACUACAGCCCCGAGCAGCUCGCCGAGAUCUGCGAGAACGCGGCCGCGGACCGCUUCAAGCUCCGCUUCGCGCCCGGCCUCGGGGCUCAGCUCGCGGACCACAUACGGCGAAGGCACGGCCACGAGGUGGGCCAGCACAACGGGGGCUUGGCCGUCACCCUGGCCGAGGGCGCCUUCCGCCGCCUGGCCACGCGCCUCGGCGACCCUGGCGGCAGCUCCGCCCUCGGCGGCGAGGCCUCGCAGCAGCUGCUGCCCGAGGACUUCGGCAUCGGCAUCGGCGACGACCCCGCGCCGCCCGCGGGCGCCGCCGCGGCGGCGCCGACCGGGGCCGCCCCCGCCGCCCAGGACGGCCGCCGCGAGCGGGCGCCGCCCGAUCUGGAGCGGCGCGGCGCCAAGCGCGGCCGCGCCGCGCGGAUGGAGGAGACCGUGGGCGCCCUUGCGAGGAGCCUGGCGGCGGAGCUCGUGCGGGCCGUGCGAGCGGAGGACGGAGAGCGAGAGCGACGAGGAGGACCUGGGCGGCGGAGGCGGCGCGCCCACGGGCGGCGCCGCGGGCCCGGCCAGGGCUGCCGUCAAGGCGAAGGCCAAGGAUCGACUGGACGUAGGAGUGGCCAUUCGCCGGAGGUGACCUUUGGGUGCGGGCUGGUAACCAAUGGCGUCCCCCGAUCGCCGAGCGUGAUGCGAUGGCAGCGUCUGGCGCGCCCGUGUUCGGUCGCCCCGCGGCCCCCGGCGAGCCGCGCACCGAGGGUCACCCUUUGCCCGGGGUCACCUCCUGCGUGCAGCCGAUGAGGAGAAGCCGAAGGAGAAGCCGCGGGACGUGCCGAAGGAGGAGGAGCAGGUGCCUCAGCAGGAGGGGGAGAGGGUCAUCGACAACACUUCCACCCUCGAUGCGCUGGCCGGCCUCGGACUGUGUCCAGCCAACUUCGAGUGGUUCGAAAUCAACCUGGCCGACCCACCAGACGCGAACUGCGGCAUCUGCCAGUACAAGAUGUCGGACGGUUACCGCUGCGGCGGCGGCACACACUUCGCUUGUCUGUAUUGCAUCGAGAACUACAGGAAGAAUCCGACCUGAGGGGCACGUCCCCCUGGAUUCGUUCUCGCAGAUUGACGAGAGCCAUGACGGCGACUGCGCUGCACGAGUGAGUGAUGCAGCUGGGCGUUGACCAUUGAAUCAUCUCUCUUUCGCAGGGUCGGCUCGUGAUUUCUCUGCACAGAUGAGCUGCGCGCGUGUGCUUACUCUUCCUCCUCCCAAAGCCUGCGAGGCUGCUUCCG